AUGGCGACGAUACCACCGGCGCAAAGCCAGACUUGGACCCAUGUCGAUGGCGACUGGCAUGAGGGCAAUGUGCCGAUCAUGGGUGCGCGCACGCAUGCGGUAUGGCUUGGGUCGUCCGUGUUCGACGGCGCGCGCUGGUUCGAGGGCGUUGCGCCGGACCUCGAUCUGCAUUGCCAGCGCGUCAACGCAUCGGCGCUGGCGCUCGGUCUUCAGCCGACCAUGGAGCCGGACGCCAUGGCGGCGUUGACCAUGGAGGGCAUCAGGAAGUUCGACGGCAACACCGCCGUCUAUAUUCGCCCGACCUAUUGGGCCGAGCAUGGCGGCUACAUGUCGGUGCCCGCCGAUCCCGCAUCGACGCGCUUUGCCCUUUGCCUGUUCGAGGCGCCGAUGAUCGCUCCCCAGGGCUUUUCGGUCACCGUCUCGCCGUUCCGGCGGCCGACGAUCGAGACCAUGCCGACCAAUGCCAAGGCCGGCUGUCUCUACCCCAACAAUGGCCGCGCGAUCAUGGAAGCGCGCGCGCGCGGUUUCGACAAUUGCCUGGUGCGGGACAUGCUCGGAAAUGUGUGCGAAACGGCGACCUCCAACGUCUUCCUGGUCAAGGACGGGCAGGUGAUGACGCCGGCGCCCAACCGCACCUUCCUGUCCGGAAUCACACGCAACCGCAUCAUCGAUCUCCUGUGGCAAUAUGGCUUCAAGACCGCCGAAAGGGCGUUGACGGUCGAGGACUUCAUGGAUGCCGACGAGAUCUUUUCGACCGGGAACCACUCCAAGGUCGUGCCCGUUGUGCAGAUCGAGGAUCGCGAGUUGCAGCCCGGACCGGUGGGCAAGAAAGCACGCGAACUCUACUGGGAAUGGGCGCACGGCUGA